CAGCCCUAGCCUCUCCCCGGAUCUCUUAUCUCUUACUUCAGCCUCUAAGGUUCACAACUUUGUCCCAGUGGGAUUAAGAGUUCUGCAGCUGAUUUUUCUUUAGAAAGUGAAAGAAUCUCUCCUCUCAACUCUUCCACGAAGAGAGAUGCCGAGGAGAGUGGUACUUGUUCCAUGUCCAUUCCAAGGCCACAUAAAUCCCAUGCUUCAGCUGGGAGCAAUACUCCAUUCAAGGGGCUUUUCCAUCACAGUUGCUCACACCCAAUACAACUCUCCUUAUCCCUCCAACCACCCUGAUUUCAGCUUCCUCCCCAUUCCGGACGGCUUAUCUGAUGGCCAAAACUUUGCCAGUCUAUUAAAUCUUGUACUGGCUGCUAAUGUCAACUGUGAAUCUCCUCUCCGGGAAUGCCUGGCAGAAAAACAAGAACAGCAUGGCGACAUCGCUUGUAUAAUCCAUGAUAUCACCAUGUACUUCGCUGAGGCUGUGGCUAACCAUUUGAAAGUUCCAAGCAUCAACCUCGUCACCAGCAAUGUUUCCACUACCAUAGCACACAAUGCCUUUCCUAGCCUCCUGGAAAAAGGUCACAUUCCCCUGCAAGGCUCUACCCUACAUGAUCCAGUGCCUGAGCUUCAUCCCCUCAGAUUCAAGGAUCUUCCCAUCUCCCGUUUGGGAGACUUGGAAGCUUUCUCCCAGAUACUAGUUAAUAUGUACAAAAAGAAAUUUUCUUCACCCAUCAUUUGGAACACCAUGGACUGCCUUGAACAAUCCUCAUUAACACAGCGACAACAACAGCUCCAGGUCCCAUUCUUCCCAAUAGGCCCUCUCCAUAAACUUGCUCCACCCUCCUCAAGUAGCUUGCUCGAAGAGGAUAGUAGCUGCAUCACAUGGCUUGAUAAGCAAUCUCCUAAGUCAGUCAUCUAUGUUAGCUGGGGGAGUUUGGCAUGCAUGGAUGCCAAGGACCUAGCUGAGGUUGCUUGGGGCCUGGCCAACAGCAACCAGCCUUUCUUGUGGGUGGUUCGACCCGGCUCGGUCCGCGGCUCACAGUGGAUAGAGCAGCUGCCGGAGACCUUCAUGGACACAGUUGGAGAAAGAUGCCACAUUGUGAAAUGGGCACCCCAGAAGGAAGUGUUGGGGCACCGAGCAGUUGGAGGGUUUUGGAGCCAUUGUGGCUGGAACUCAACACUGGAAAGCAUCUCCGAAGGGGUUCCAAUGAUCUGCAGGCCUUAUUCAGGGGACCAAAGGGUGAACACAAGGUAUAUAAGCCAUGUUUGGAAGGUGGGAUUGGAGUUGGAGAGUGAUGAGUUAGAGAGGGUGGAGAUAGAAAGAGCUGUGAGAAGGCUGAUGGUAGAUGGAGAAGGGGAGGAGAUGAGGCAGAGGGCAAUGGAACUGAAGGAGAAGGUUGAUAUUUGUACAAGUGAAGGUGGUUCUUCCAACAGAGCCUUGAAGGAGUUGGUGGAGUAUAUCUCUUCAUUCUAGUCAGAGUUGUGUAGAAACCAAACUCAAAGAACAGGCUGAAAAACAUUGCAUGUGUUUUUGUUUUUAUCAGUGGUGAUGUGUUUUUGUUUUUAUCAGUGGUGAUGGGGAUUUGCUUU